UAUUCGUUUAUUUUCUCCUGUACCAUUCUAAGUUCUAAGAAUGUGAAAAGAGAGAGUGCGACAAAACUCAAAAACCAAAGAUUUUCACGCAACAUGGGUUGUCCCAUUUCGAACGUUUGCCUUGUAGUCACUGGACAGAGGACACAGUCGAAUUGACAGAUAGAUAGAGUGUGCAAAUUGCUAAUUGCAAUCUUUUUACCUUUAAUUAUGCAAAUUUUGAGUUUGAGACCGUGACUUCACUUGACUUAACUCACCUCCACUUCACAACAAACGCGUUACAGCAUUUUCCAAUCCUGGAAAGUCUGCUACAUCAUCAUAGGUAAACACAUAACUUCAAUUUUGAUUUUGAGUGCAUGACUGAGAUGUAUGUAAACAACCCAGAUCCAGUUCUCCUCUGUACUUCUACUAGAUAUGUAUAUAUUUCUUGAGUUAGCAAAGACACUGACACUCAAAGUUCAUUUUUUUUAAUCAUUAAAUUAAAUCAUAUUUGGGUUAGAUCCAUUAUGUUUUUACCUUAUCCCCGUGAUUCAAGUUUGCUUCUUUAUCUACCAGAUGAUGUGUUUGCCACUGUUUCAAGGUUCCUUUUGCCAAGAGAGGUUUUCAAUCUCAGUCUAUGCUGCAAGAGUCUUUAUGCUCUUGCAUCCUCUGAAAAGGUUUGGCUUAAUCAAUGUGACAUUCUAUGCAUAGUUUCCCACAAAGAUCUUGUUGACUGGAGAGUGUUUGUUUCAUCUUACAAAGCACUUUGUCGUUUUCUUUUGAGUGUUAAACCAUUGCUUGGAAUAUGGGUUCAACAGAAUCCUGAGCUUGGUAACCUUGUUUGUGUAAUGCCAGGUUUUGUUUCGGUUAUCGGGUGUCGAAUAAUUCCUCAAGAGAUUCCUCCAUUGGGGAUUCAACAUGGUCCUAUUCUUUGGUCAUGUGUGUUUGAAAUUAUUUGUGAUUUUGAUGGUUCAACUAUGUUUUUUCUUCAUGGGAGGGAGGAAAGUGGAAUAGAAUGUGUUUAUCAUGGAUCAUUAAAAUGUGUUAAUAGAUUUUGUAAUUUAUUGUUGCUUGAGGUUGAAUCUAUGAAAAAAGAUAAUGAGGCAAUGGUUCCAUUUAGCAAAUUAGGUUUUAGGGAUAGAAAAAAGUUGCUUGAGGUAACUACUAGUCAAGUAAGAUUAGAGGUUCCUGAUGUGGAAAUUAGAUCAUUGUUUCCUAGAUCAAGAGAUGAUUUUGCGAAUUUUGAGGAAGAUUUGGUGCUCUUGAAGGAAAGAAGAGAAUUCCUUAUUCAGAUGACACAAAUGAAUAAGCUUGAUAGUAUUCACAUUGAAAAUAAGGAAAAUUCUCAAAGGGAAGUUGUUGGUUCAAUGCAAUUAUUAGAGGUUGAUGACAUAUCAACAAAGAGUCGUGAUUAUUCAAAGGCUUUCUCUUUUCCUCCACACAAUGAGAAUGGUCACACACAGUGCAUCAAAAGAAAAAGUAUUGGUGGAUAUUUUUGGAGUAGCUUUAAACAUAUCAUUGGAAUAUCUAGUUCAAUUGAUGACAAUGUUGUCAAUAUUGAUCAACAACAUAACAUGGUCAUGGAAACAAGACACGAUCGAAGAACUAGUACAAUCGAUUGUAGCAUUGUCAAUAAUGAUCAACAACACAACACGAUCGUGGGAACAAGAAGCCAUCAAAGGUUUGAUCAGAAGCAUAACACGAUUGAGGAAACAAGAGACGAUCGAACUAGUACAAUUGAUUGCAGUGUUGUCAAUAUUGAUCACCAACACAGCACAAACCAUGAGAAAAAGCAUGCAAGGAUUCAAGAGUUUCUCAGAUCAAGUGACUCACUAAGGCUAACAUUAAGGGCCUUAAAUGCAAAGUUAUCUUCUUUUCGAGGAUGGCCAAAUAUGAACAAAAAUUGGUUUGCACUUUACAAGAUGCCAUUGCAAGUUCCAACAAAAAAUCAAGACUAUGCUGGUUUAUGGGGAGGAACUUUUGGUUGGCAUCAUAAAAAACCUUCUACAAACAAGCCUAAAAUGGCUCUAUUUUUUCUUAUGCUCUCUUAUGAAGAAUCCAAGGGACAAAAACUUCUCAUUGGAACAAAAAUAUUGGAAGGAACUAACUAUGCAUUGCAUCCUAAUGGUUCAUCAAUGUUUAUAGUGAAUAUCAACGAGCCUUCAUGUGAUCCAUUUCCUUGGAACAAUGAUAGGGACUCAUUAUCACUGAAUGCUGAACAUGCUUUUUUAGGUGAGGGUAUUGCAAAUGGUUAUGGAUUCAAAUACCCUGGAUCAAAGCCUGGUUCACUAUUUGUAUUUCAAAAUGGUACUAUUGCCUUUGUUUGGAAGGAGUCAAGGGAUGUUUUGACCCUGCAAAGAGUUAACUUGCAAGAACUUUUGAAGAAAGGAGAAAGGAUAGCUUCUUUGCCUCCUAUUAACAAUUUUUCAUAUUUGAUGAAGUCCAACUUAAAUGUGUUUACAAGCUUUUCUAGCACUUCCAUUUGGUCUUCUUCACCAAAGUUUGGCUUACCAUGAAAUAUGUCAGCAUUUUUGUAUUUCAAAAUUUUCUCUCAGGAAAUUGCUUAAUGUCAUGAAAUAUUUCAUCACAAUGUGUCCCGAAAUAAUAUUUUUGUCUAUUGAUCUGUGUUUUCUGUCAAAAUCUGAUUGAAAAUUUUAUCGUUGAUUCUUAAAA